AAAUUAAUUAAGGCCUAUGCUAAAUUAAGCAACAAUUACUUAGCUUUAAUUAAUAACCUUGUUCUAAUAUUAUUCCCCAUGGCCAUCGCUUCUACCCCCAAGCUUCUUCUCACUGACAUUGUAUCCAAUGUCAACUACGUUCCUUCAAGCUACAUCAGGCCCGUCUCCGACCGGCCCGAUCUUUUCGGCGUGGAGGAUUCCCGUCCGCCGUCGAUUCCUGUGAUUGAUCUUGAUGAGAUUUCUGGACCCAACCGAUCAAAAGUGGUUAAAGAAAUUGGUUUUGCUUGUAAAAGCAACGGAUUCUUUCAGAUAAAGAAUCAUGGGGUACCUGAGAAAUUGAUCAGCGAGAUCCUACGAGUUGCCAAGGAGUUCUUCAACCUGCCAGAGUCUGAAAGAAUGAAGAACUACUCAAACAAUCCACUGAAAACAACCAGGCUUUCAACAAGCUUCAACGUAUCCGCUGAGAAAAUCAGCAAUUGGAGAGAUUUUUUGAGACUUCAUUGCUACCCUCUUGAAGAUUUUGUGCAUGAAUGGCCCUCUAAUCCCUCUGAUUUCAGGGAGGUAGUUGGUGAAUACUGCAAGAAAGUGAGAGAGCUGACUCUAAUACUAUUGGAGGCAAUUUCAGAAAGCUUAGGUCUUGAAAAGGACUACAUUGAAAAAGCACUUGGAAAACAAGCACAGCAUAUGGCGAUGAACUACUACCCACGGUGUCCUCAGCCAGAGUUGACUUUCGGCUUGCCGGGUCAUAAAGAUCCGAACGCCAUCACCAUCCUUCUUCAAGAUGAAGUCGCCGGCUUGCAAGUCCUCAGAAACGGCAAGUGGGUGGCGGUCAAACCAAUACCCAAUGCAUUUGUCAUCAAUAUCGGGGAUCAAAUUCAGGUACUUAGCAAUGAUCGUUACAAGAGCGUGCUUCAUCGAGCAGUGGUUAAUAGCCACAAGGAGAGGAUCUCUGUUCCAACUUUCUACUGUCCAUCUCCAGAAGCGGUGAUCAAACCGCCGGAGGCAUUGACCGACGGAGAAAAUCCUGCGGUGUACAAGAGCUUCACGUAUGCGGAGUAUUAUUCUAAGUUUUGGAGUAGAGGGCUUCAGUCUCCAAGCUGCCUUGAUUUAUUUAGGAAUAUCUAGGCAUUGAUUUAGGUCCACGGGACUUCGAUAUAUUAAGACUACGUUAUAUAUGUCAGGAUUAGGAUGCGUGCGUGUAUGGGGGGUUGAUAUUAUGUAUUGUUUUUAUUUGAUUUAAAAUUGAUGAUGGAAUAUAUUUGUUAGUUUUCGUGGGAA